UAUAAAAGAAAUUUAGUAAUUGUAAGAAAUUCUUCGUAUAAAAAAUAUAAAUUUGCUCAUUUUAGUAACAAAAAAGGAAAUAAAAAUGUUUACACAAUGUAGUAAAUCCGGACCUACGUUUAUACCUCCUAGUGUACACUCUAGGAAGACAACUUUUAACCACGACAGUGAUACCAACUGUAGAUUUGAAGUAUUGUGGAUGAAAAUGCCAAAAAAAAAAUAAAUGUAAAAGAUGAAGCCAUACAAGGAAAUAGUAGACAUUCUAACACAUUUACAAGUUGUGGAUGAAAUACAUGUAUUCUUAGUUAAGAUGUUUGAGGAAAUAGUUUCUAUCAAGAAACAAGGUGAAUUAUGGGUUGAAGAUAAACAGAAUUUGACGUUCAUGGAAAUGAAGAUAUCUCUGACGAAAAAGAUUUCAGGAGUAUUGUAUAAAUGUUCUGAUUUUUCAACCAAUAAGCUUAACAAGUUGACUGAUAAACUUACCACCCGAGAGCAUAUUGAGACAGAUGAUGAAUUAAGGAGAGCAUUAUCUUUAAACUUUGUCUCUUUAGAGACAGAACAUCAACAGUUACUUGAAAAAUUUAAUGACAUGAAUGAAAAAGUUAUGUUACAAAAUUCAAUACUAAAUCGUCUCUUUAAAAAGUUUAAAAGUCAACAAAUGGUAAUUAAUCAUCUAGAAGAAAGUACAGUAACAGAUAAAAAGUUAGCCAAAGUGAAAAAUGAAAUAAUGCAGGAGCUUCAAGCUGCCAGUAGUUUUAUGUCAGUUCUAGCAACUACGGUUGAUAAUUUCUCAAAAGAACAUAUUGAUCUUAUGAAAAAAGAAGAGGAAAAAGAUGAAAUGAUACGAGAUAUAUAUGAAGACAUAGAAAAUAUGCAUCGGAAACACACUGUUGUCGUGAAAGUUGCAAAGAAGCUCAAGAUUUUGAAAAAGAAUACCGUGAAAAUAAAGAAAAAUCAGACACAAGAUUGCCGAGAGUCAAGGCAGGCUUUACCUGAAGGUAGCAAAGUUAAUGCUUCAAAUCAUCAAAAACUUAUUCCUGUCAAGGAGUUUUUACUAUCUCAUUUACCUUCAAGGUAUCAACAUGUUGAAAUGUUGAACCUAAUUCAAUCCCUAGUUGAUAUUACAGUCAAACUUGAAGUUAGCGGAAUGAGUGAAGAAAGAAAGAAUUUUAAGACAAAUAAACAAAGUCUAGAAAUGGUUUUGAAUCAAACACAAGUCAAAGGAGUGUCGAAAAAUGUUGACGAUGAGUCGAACAGCUCAAACACGAUGUCAGUUAUCGCUGCAAAUGAUGUUGCCUUUGGAAGUGGUAAAGUUGAUGAUGUUUUUAUACGUACAGAUAAAGAUGGCCCUUGUCCAUGCCCCAAGAAAUGUCCAGAAUGGGGAGAGAUACGAGUGUUCACGUCUGCUCAGCUAAUGUACGACGAUGAUGACGCCAAACAUUUUCUAUGUACUUUCUUUUAUGACGAUGACGAACAAGUCGAUCAACUGAAAUAUGCUCGCGGUGAGCGAAUAGUGCUAAGAGAUUUGGAAAAAGAUUUAUGUAUGUUUAUUUGUGUCACUUGUGAUGUAGAACUCAUAAGAAAACUUGAAGGGAUGCUAGACAAAUUUGAACAAAGUUGGGAAGAUGCUUUUGAUAGGUAUGCCAAAUCUGUGAAAUGGAAAGAUGAAAGAUUAACAGUAAUAGUUUCACAUCCAUAUGGUUUGAAAAAACACAUUGCACUUGGUAAAGCUUCAGAAGAUGGAGGUUCUGAAGGAGGUAUACAUUAUGAUACUCCAACAUGUGAAGGUAGCGUUGGUGCGUAUGUUUUAAUGCCAGACUUUGAUGUUAAAGAUGAUGUCUAGCAGCUAACAUUAAUUGCUUUGUUUUGUAAUUGACGUUCUUUAAAAUGUAUAAUCCUAUAUGCCUACUCUUGAGCGAGCAAUUUUCAUAUAUAUAUAUAUAUAUAUAUUGCAUAUGUGGAUGUAUCAUGUUUUUCCAUGUAGAGCUCUUUACCAGGAUUGUUUGUAUCUACUUUUGCAUUCAAGUUCCCUUUUACAUGUUCGUUCUAGUACAAACUAUUUAGCAUUAAAUUUUCUUUAUUUUCUUUUUCUGGUGCUGCAUAGCACUGGAUGAUGGUUGUUUUCCUUCCCUUUGCAAUAAACCUGGCUGACAUUAGUUGUAAUCCCAUUAGUCCCAUCCCAACAAAGCCUUUGAUGCCUCUCUUGACAAUAGAAGUGCUACUCCCUGUGUGUGAUCGUGGUCUAGAUCUUCAUGUCCAGAAUAUAUAAUGCUCUCCUCAGUUGUCGGAUUGCUUACACUUUCACUUAGGCGUAGAAAUUCCCACAAACCUUGUUUUUUUUGUACUUUCUUAGUUUGUUUACCACUUCGUUAGUCACUAUCAUAAAGAGGUCUGAAAAUCCAGGUCCCUAUCUUGUCUUGGUUCUCAGAAGGUUUGUCGGUGCGCUAGCUUCCAGAGGGCUUUCACCAGUACACACCUUAGUCUCUUACAGAAGAAACUACCUGGCCAAGCUCUAGUUUAUUUGGUGUAUUAGCAGUUUUUGUUGCAACAGUUUAGUUCUAUAAGGUUGUUAGCCUUACCAUCACACCUCCUCUUUUUUCCGGACUUUAGACCUACAAGAUAUCCCUAUAGAGUGUAUACCUGCGGUGUUUUGAUGGUUUUAAAAUGUGCUAAUUGGUAAUUCUAAUCCCUUCAUCUUUAUAUACGAAACUUCCAAUACAAUCGAUUAACUUUUCAAUUAGUAUUUCGUUUGCUAACAUUUAUUGUGGCUUUGUAAACAAAUAGAUGUCAUCAAUAAAUCUGAUAGUACAAGUUUUCUUUUCUAAACAAAUGAGUAACUACUCCCACUUUAGGUAGCUUGGAAUAAUAAACGAUUUUUGGAAAUGGCUUGUUUAAUACGCAUCUAUAACUCUAAGAUUAAACUUAAGACGUGUCAGAGACAUGAUUGUAACGCUAUGGUGUUAUAAUGUCCUCUGAUUAUUAUUUCUGUAUUCAUUAAUCUACAUUCUUUUAUUCAAAGUUUUUUGGAUGUUCUUAUGAGAUGAAGAUAUUUUACUUCUAAGUCCGAACCUUCCGUAGAACGAUGGAGGGUGGCAGCUAGCAGGGUAUAAACCCGGGACCAUCGAGAAUUCUGAAUGUAUGUCCAGCGCUUAUAUCACACGACCUGGCAGCGAUCUUGCUAGAUCUACUAGCUAAAUUAAAUCUAGAUUUUUAAGAAUAGAUCUGAUAUAACUCUUUUAAACUAUAUCUAGAUCCAGGCUUUUAUUAGUGUCAUUGUAGAAAAUUAUAGACUAGAAUUUCUACUUAAGAUUACGAUUUCUAGAUGUCUAGAUCUGUAUGUAUAAAGCAAUCUUAUAACAUAUCAGAGCUAAUCUACUACUUUUGAAAUUUAAUAUUGCUUUCAGUUCAUUGAUAGAUUAUCUAUGAUUUUUUACGUAAAUCUAAUCUUCUUCUUCUUCUUUCUCAUUUUUAUGUUGGAGCGUUCAGAUGACUAGACCAAUAUACGAUAUAAACUGAGCAAAGGUUUCUAAAUCAGGGAAAUGUCCAUAUAGUUUUCUUUAUAUUUGGUUUGUGUUUUGGGGCCAGUGUCUGUACGGGCCUCUUGGUAAAGAGAUAAGUUUUGAAGGACAUUUCAAUGGUUCAAAUUUUUAGCUUCCGGUACAUAUGUUGUCUCAUUGUGUUCUGUCCAGUCCUGAGUCGAAAGAUUAGACGUUGAUCUUGUCGGUAUAGCUUAUAAUAGUCACCAUCUUUCUUGUGAUUCGUAAAAGAGCUUGUCCAUUUCUUAUUCACUUUAUUUACUAUUAGUUUCUUCAUUUCUUCUGAAUAGAGUGCAAUGUUUAAUUGUGUGUUUGUUCUCCCACUCUUGGCGAGUGUGUCAGCCUUCUCAUUUCCUUCUAUUUCUAUAUGCGCCUGUAUCCAUUGAAUAGCAGAUCUUGUGCUGUUGUUGUUUAGCUUUAUAAGUGCUGUCCUGAGUCUUUUUGUGUUGGAGGAAUCCGAGUUUUUUUUAAGCUUUGGAGGAUUGUUUUUGCAAAGGUUAGAAAGACAAUCUGACUGUGUGUGAUACUUGGUUGAUUUGCUAGUAUGGUAGCAGCUAGUUCUAGUGCUUCCCUUUCUGCUCUGUGGCUGUCAGAGAGCUCUCCAGUUGCAAUGAAUUUUUCUAGUUUUUCUCCAUCGGUCAUUUGAUGAGUAUUCCAGCUCCUCCAUUUCUGGUGGUUUAAUGAGAUGAGCCAUCCGUGUAAACUCUGAUCCACUGAUUGCUGGGAUAAUUAGUUUGUAGAAAGAGUUCACUAUUUUUUUAAGCUCUGUUAGAAUGUAGUCAGAUUUUUUAGUUGCAAUAAUGGUCUCUUAUAAUAGGAAGAGAGCUUUCGUCCCAGGGUGGAGAUACAUUAUGAUGUGUCGUGGAUUACAGAGUAAUUUUUUUAAAGUUGGUGUUUCUUUAUCAGAUUUAGAAAUUCCUAUAUUAAAUUAGUCUUUUUGAGGCGUUUUUUAGUGCCAGUUUUUGUGGAUUUUUUUUUUUUUUUU